UCCCUUUCUGUGUGUGCAGGGCUCUGCUCCUCAGACUUGCCUGCCUGUCACUUCGCUUGUGUCGGAAAGCUAGGCUACGCACCCCUCUGUCGGACCACCGCACGGAGAGCCAGCCGCCGUCGAACCCCCACCCCCUUCCCCCGAGGCUUGGGCUUGCCCCUCACGGCACCAACCAUGGCGACCACCGGAACGUCCACCCGGUUUACUGACGAGUACCAGCUGUACGAGGAGCUCGGGAAGGGAGCUUUUUCAGUGGUGCGCCGAUGUGUCAAGAAAUCCUCCGGGCAGGAAUACGCCGCCAAAAUCAUCAACACCAAGAAGCUAUCUGCACGAGACCACCAGAAGCUGGAGCGCGAGGCUCGCAUCUGCCGCCUCCUCAAACACCCCAACAUCGUGCGACUGCAUGACAGCAUUUCAGAAGAGGGCUUUCAUUACCUCGUCUUUGACCUGGUGACAGGAGGGGAGCUUUUUGAAGAUAUCGUAGCCAGGGAGUACUACAGCGAGGCCGACGCCAGUCAUUGCAUUAGUCAGAUCUUGGAGAGUGUCAAUCAUAUCCACCAGCAUGAUAUUGUGCACAGAGACCUCAAGCCUGAGAACCUGUUGUUGGCCAGUAAGAUGAAGGGAGCUGCAGUGAAGCUGGCAGACUUCGGCCUGGCUAUUGAGGUGCAGGGAGACCAGCAGGCUUGGUUUGGCUUUGCGGGCACGCCUGGCUAUCUGUCUCCGGAAGUCCUUCGGAAGGACCCCUACGGCAAGCCCGUGGACAUAUGGGCUUGCGGUGUUAUUCUCUAUAUCUUGUUAGUUGGUUAUCCUCCAUUCUGGGAUGAGGAUCAGCACAAGUUAUAUCAGCAGAUCAAAGCCGGAGCCUACGACUUUCCUUCUCCCGAGUGGGACACAGUGACCCCCGAGGCCAAGAACCUGAUCAACCAGAUGUUGACCAUCAACCCGGCCAAGAGAAUCACUGCCGAGCAGGCUCUCAAGCACCCGUGGGUCUGCCACCGCUCCACAGUGGCAUCCAUGAUGCACAGACAGGAAACUGUCGAGUGCCUCCGCAAGUUUAACGCUCGCCGAAAACUCAAGGGAGCCAUCCUCACCACCAUGCUGGUGUCCAGAAACUUCUCAGUGGGCCGGCAGCAUACCAACUCUGCUGCUGCCGCCUCCUCCACUGCCUCACUGGCUCAGGAAGCAUGCAAAAGUUUACUCAACAAGAAAUCCGACUCUGCUAAGCCUUCCACCAACAACAGUAAGAACAGUAUAGUGAGCGCCAUCAAUGCCCUGAAAGACAGCAACAUGGCAACCAACGCCCAGAUGGAAUCUCAAAGCACGGUGGUCCACAACCCUCCCGAUGGCAUCAAGGGGUCAACGGAGAGCAACGCCACCAACGACGAGGAAGAAAUGAAAGGUAAGCAAGCCGACAGUUCAGCGCUGAGUCUGAGCAGCGCCACCGAGGAGAUGCCCCCACUUCUGCCCUCACCUCAAAGCUCACCUGCCAUACCACCGCAUGACGUAAAGCGCAUGGCUUGGAACAGCACGGGCAACAGCGACUCUGAACUGUCCUGCGCGCCCGCCGCCGCCGCCGCCACCAUCGUCGCUCCAGUAGGGGGCAACAACUCUGCCGCUGCUCAAAGCAACGUUAAGCAGAGCCGCAAGCAGGAGAUCAUCAAGAUCACUGAGCAGCUGAUUGAAGCCAUCAACAAUGGCGACUUUGACGCCUACACGAGGAUUUGUGAUCCCGGGCUCACUUCCUUCGAACCCGAGGCUCUGGGAAACCUGGUGGAGGGCAUGGACUUCCACAAGUUCUACUUUGAAAACUUGCUGAGCAAGAACAACAAGCCGGUGCACACCACCCUGCUCAACCCGCACGUGCACCUGAUCGGCGAGGACGCGGCGUGCAUCGCGUACAUCCGCCUCACGCAGUUCGUGGACUCGGGCGGCCGCCCGCGCUCCAGCCAAUCGGAGGAGACCCGCGUGUGGCACCGCCGCGACAGCAAGUGGCUCAACGUUCACUUCCACUGCUCGGGAGCGCCCGCCGCGCCACUACAGUGAUCAGUGGUCCUGAGCCUCCACUGUGCCGGUGGAGGCGUUUUGGGGGGCAGUUUUUUUCCGGCGAGUGUGUUUGGGGGGCCCCAACGCCCCCGCGUGGAUCGGCUAGCGCCAGGAGCCCGGCCGGGCCAGACGGCAUCCCUCUCCGCGACCACCAACCAACCCCCCGGUGUCCUCCUUUGACCCCGCGGGGGGGCGCCGGCCGAGCACAAGACAACGCCCGGCCCCCCCUGCCGCCCGCCCCCUCCUCCCACGUGGGAUGUGAUGCAUGCAUCUUGGCGCCCGCCUGACCGCGGAGGGCGUGUCUUUGCCCUCUCGCGCCUCCCCUCGGCGGCCAUCUUUGUUCAGCCCCGCCCGCGCCGAACGAGGCGUCGCGGGGGAGGAGGCGACUUACACUUGUGACAGUUUAUGAGUAUGAGUUAUGAAUAUACUAUGUAAAUUAUGACUUAGAUGUUCCAGAAACCCACCAAAACCCCAGCAAGCAUUUAUCUCGUCUGUGUAAUGAGGGAGAAGCGGAGACGUUGGAUUUUGUCGCGGCGUAAAAAGCACUUGUGGCUUAUGAAAGGGAACGGGGGAGCGUGUGGACGAGUCUGAGAGGGUGACGACGAAACUUGAUAUCAUGAAGCACCAAAGUGUAGAACUUUAGGCGUUUUGCGUGUUUUGACCGUUUUCUCACCCCCACACUUUGGAAAGCCGAUUUAAGCUCGUGUUGUUUUAAGAGUUCUGUGACGAGCCUCGUUUUAUUUUUUGUCCUGUUGUGUUUGUCUGACUGGCUACUUUUUAAAAAGUGCUUAUUAGAAGGGAAAAAGAAAUCAGAAGAGGGAUUUUUAUCGUGAAUUUGUCCUGUCUUGUCCGUAUGCCGCAAUGGGGUGGAUGGGUUUGAUAAUGCGGCAGAUAGAGGGCGCCGCUGAGAAAGGGACUGCCUCGCAUGAGGCGAUCGCAUGCGCGCCCUGACCGCCUCGUCCGUCCUUCGCCUUCCGGUCUGUUAUUUUCCUGUUGGGCCUGGUUUGUUCCUUUUCACUGUGUAAAUACAGUGUGUGUAUAGAUGUAUGUAGAAAUGUGUAUCAUAUGUACAUGCAUCCUGUGCACCUCAGCAGUUUCUUCGAGUUUGCAGGUUUCCAUUCAACAUUUUUUUUUUUUUUCUGUUUUGGGCGGCCCAAAGUUUUGUGUCCUACCACUUUUUAAACGUCAUAACGCGCACGCCUGGUGCUGUUUGACGUAUCCGCCCCACAACUGAAUGUUGUUUGAUUUGCACCUGCACCACUCUGUAGUGUGGCCCCCCCCACCCACUGCAAUGUUUUCAUCACCCCACUGUUGUGAGCCACACCACCAAAAAAUCUUGUGUGAUUUGAGCUCACCCCACAAUGUUGUGAUCCCCAUCCAACACUUAAUGUUGUAAUCUGCACACGCCUCACAAUCUUGUGUGAUCUUCAGCCACCAAAGUAUCUUGUGUAAUCUUGACUGCUCCCAUCAUCACAUUGUGUUCCACUUCACCCCAAAACAUUGUGGUCUUCUAACCCCCCCCCCCUACAAUGUUGCGUGAUCCCCAGCCAUCCCAUAAUUUUGUGAUCUUCACUUGUCCCACAGUGUUGUGUAAUCUACACUCCCACAAUCUUGUAUAAUCCUCCCAUCUGUCCCACACUUUUUUUUUGGUGAUCUGUACCUAACCCAUAAUGUUGUGGUCCACUGCUUUAGUCUCCUCCCGUCCAAUAAUGUUGUGAUUGUUAUCCGCCCUACAAUGUUGCGUGAUCUGCACCCACCCAACUGCGUUAGGUGCGCACACUCCACAGUGUUGUCAUCCAAA